GGUGGCUAAGACAACCCUCUGGCUCUCCCGCUUCGACUUUGUAGCAUAGCUCGCUAGUGUAGGUGCGCACCUCCUCAGCACCACCGCUUUCACGCCCUCUAACGACCUUCCCCCCCCCCUUUCCUAAAGCACAACACGGAGAAUGUAAUGGAGUACAAGCUGCUCGCAAGCCCCCGUAUUCGGCAGGAGGCGCAGCGCUGCCUGCGCGCAUAUCACGAGGCUUAUCAGCUGCGGCAUCAAGCCGCGGCCGCAGGUGCAGUCUCUUCUUCCUCCUCGUCCUCGCACCGUCCAUCGAACGCGCAGCAUGGAUCUUGCUGGAAGUUCUAUCGAGGGGAGCUGCCCGCCUCUCCUGGCAACGAACACGUCGAUGACCUUCUCGCCUACGGUGGCGAGAGCAGCAACGGUCGGGUUUUGCCACGCUGGUGUCCAGAGGAGUUGGAGUACCGGCACGACUACAUCCAGUGGCUUUUUCCUUUGCGUGAGCGCGGCGUGAACUGGCUGGCGCCGCUGCUUACAACGGCAGAGGCGGACGAGAUGCAGCGAGACGGUCUCAUCAUGGCCCGUGUCUUGCAAGCCUUCCGCAUGAUGCUGCGCUUCUACGGGACGGACAUCACCUACACGACGUCGCUGGCACAAGAAGGGCGUCUGGAAGCACAGCUACGGCGUACCUCCAAUCACACGGAGUGGGCAGCGCGGUAUGAAAACCUCGUGCACCACUCCCACAACUGCCUGCGCAUCAGUCGCAUUUUGCAGUUUCUCGGAGAGGUGGGACUGGAGCCGCUGAAGCUGGGCUGGCUGCAGUACUUGGCGCAGGAAGUGAUGCGUGGCUCGACGACUGCUAAGGCGCCGCUGGCGGCGUGCCGGGGCAGCUUUUUCUUUUGGAUGGAGAUUCCGUUUGCGGCGGAGGACAGAGCGCGACUGCAGAAGCUUGUGGAGAAGUUUGUGUCUUCCGUCGCUCCGCCCACACCGGCGACGGGGCCCGUGGUGGUGGUGAAGGACCUGCUGCUACCGUCAGCGCUCGACCUGUCGCGAGUCAUCCGCGAAGUGCAGCCGUCAGCUGAUGCUUACUCCGCAUCCCCACCGUCGGCCUUCGACGAGGAGGGGGUGAAGGGACGGAGGCGGCGGCUCGAAUAA